CAAUCGAUAUUUUCUUUUUCACAUGACCGAUGUUUGAUUGUCAUCGCCCAUUUUUCGUCUUUUUAUGACAAUUUUGGGAAAAUUUAGUUUAUUUUAAUUUAAAAUUAAAUAGUAAACUGUAACGUCCACUAGUAUUAGUCUACAAGAUGGCUUUUUGCCGUUUAGUGUUACCGUUUUUAGUGAUUUGUAUCGCGUCUACUUACGGUAAGGUGCCAGUUUUCCUAUGGGGCGAUUUGGUGACUUCGAUCAAGUCUAACCCUCUCUCCAGCGUAACAGAUGAAGAUUUUAAGGCUAUUCUGCAGAAGGAAUUAAAGAGUGACCCGUUCACUGUAAUUUUCCUUGACGAAACUCUGUCAGUCGAAGACUUUUCGCUUAAAAACUCGGAUGGGGCUUCAUCGUUCCCUUACUUACAUUCUAACAUCGGUAAAGCUGUAUAUUUACCAGGUGUAGAAAAGGCUUUGUCUACAUUGAACGAGUUGGCUGACUCGGAGAAAGUAGAUCGCGUUAAACUUACAGAAAAUGGCUUAUCUGCGGAAUUUAAGCCUCAAAGUGUGAAAAUAUUGUUUAUUGAACUAAAGGACGCGAUGGAAGGAGAAUCUAGAGCAGAUUUGCUUCGCCGUCACAACGAUUUCAUGGAAGAAAUGUUCGGUAAACUCCAGGCAGAGUAUGAGAAUGUUGUCGCUAUAUAUACUGCCCGGAAUCCAUCUUGGACUGUCUCUGAGUCAUACAGGAGAGUCCGUCGUCAGGCUGAAAGCACAGAUUUACAGAAUAUAACCUUAGAUGGCCUCAAGAUGUACGUUAACAGAGUAGUCGUAGCAGUGGACGGUACAGUAACUAAUGUAACCGCAAUCGAUCAUGCCAGAACAGAGAUAAAUGGAACAGAGAUGUCAACGACUAUGACGUCCGGUGAUAGCAGUCUUACACUCAACUUCUUGCAGAAGGGUGGUUAUUGGUUUUUUAGCUCAGUGACGUACAAAAAGGUAGACAAUGAAGUCAACCUGAUGCCAGAGAUGACUGAGGUGUAUGCACCCGUCGGCUUCGCUUACCGCUGUGGACAGAACGUAACCUUCAGCUACCGCUUCAACCAGACCAUAGUGGUGACAUUCCAGGACUUGAAGGUCCAACCGUACUUCAAAGAAAACGGCAACGAAACCCUCUUCUACGGAGACUCGAUCAACUGUGUUGGAUUCUUCACCGUUCCCAUCUGGUCUGGCCUAUUUGUGACCUUCAUACUCCUCGCCAUCACCUUCUACGGCAUUAUGAUGAUGAUGGACAUCCGCACCAUGGACAGAUUUGAUGAUCCCAAAGGUAAAACCAUUUCCAUUAAUGCGGAAUAAAUUGUCGCCUGGCCAGCUCGGUAUUACCCAGUAUUACCGUGGUAAUAUUAAAUAUUAUAUUACCGUCGCAAUAUUAACCAGUUAAUUUUACCGAAUAUUUCUCCAGUAACAUUAAAAAAAUAUGGCUAGUAUUUCUGCUUAAAUAUUUGAAUAUUAUGGCCAGAAUCAAAAUACCUGUGUGAUAUUCAAACUAGAAAUAUCGAAUGUAACCUGCUUUAAAAAAAAUACAAUAUUUAUUUCAGUAACAUUCCCUUCAUGCUUAUAAUGUAUAAUUAUUUGUUGAGUAAUAAUCACAUAUAUGAUGUUAUAUAAAUGAAAAUUCUUAAAUGUUUAUUUUAAUAAUAUUGAAUAUUACUGCUGCAAUAUUGUAUAUUAUUUCCGGAAUAUUAACACGUCAGCUUCAAAUAAUAAAAUAUGAUAAUAAAUUCUGAAUUUUGGAAAUAAUCGGGCUGGCCAUAUUGAAUUUUGCGUAACUUAUGCACCAAACUAUAAGCUAGCAUAAACUUUAUUAUAGCUCAAUAUAUUUGUAUAAAAAGUAAUGUUAAAACUGCUUAAAUUAUUAUAUAAAUAAUUUUUACAAAAACAAAACUGACUUCAAAUGUAUUAUUUGUUGACAACAACAAACUGAUCGAGCAAUUUAUUAAAAAAUACUAUGUAUAUAUACAUACGUCAUACAUACAGGAGUAAGUGAACCUCCUUUUUUUGAAGUCGGUUUUAAAAGAUAUUUAUAUAAGGUACUAUCCAUAGAUAAGAGACGCUUGUUUAGUUUUUUAGUUUUAUAUAAACUCUAUGGUAUACAUAGUACAAGAGACAGUGUCCCGAAAACUAAGCUAAAAUACUUUAUAAUCAGUUUUGAUGUUUUAAAUGUGUUAAGUAAUGUAGAAAUCAACUUUUUUUUAUUUCAACGCUUUGUUUCCUAUUCAUUGAUAUUUACAUUAUAUAUAUUUUUUUAUAAUUUUUCGCUUUUUAUUGCAACUUUAGUUUAAAUAUUUACUAUUGUUAUUAUUGUUAUAAGAAAUAACAGCUGCUGGAGUUAAUUUCAGUUGGGUUAAAAAAUAAAAGUAAUCAAAACUGAACCUUUUCCCACCCCCUCGCAUUACAUCCUUUCUUAGUGGGGAUCACAUGCACAAUCUAAGUUUCUAAUAUCAUUGAAACGAUGUUGAUAUGUCAGUCGGUUUAUCCUUUUAUAUUUUCUCCCCCUCCGUCCUUUUCGACCAUCUCCCUCCCUGUUGAGCGCUAUGGUCUUAUAAGAGGGAUAUCCUGGGUUCGAUUCCCGGCAGGUACAAUUUGGGAAUCUAUAUUUUCUAAAUUGUCUCUGGUUUGGUCUCUGGGGAGGCUUCCGCCGUGACAAGUUACGACCCUACUGGCAAAACUGGGGAUCAGGGGUUAUGGGAAUAAUGAAACUGUUAUACUCCUUCCAAGUUAGCCCGCUUCAGUCUUUGACUACAUCGUCACUUAUCAUCAAGUGAGAUUGCAGUCAAGGACUAACUUGUAUCGGAAUAAAAAAAAAAACGUAAAAGUUCAGCACAGAAUUUUUUUUUUUCGGUACACUGUCACGUGUUUUAAAUAAAAUACAAAAUGCCUAUAACAUUUAACUGCGCAACUUUAUUUUAACACAAUGAGACAAUAAAAGGCAUAGAUGUCUGAUAAAAAAAAAA